UUUUGACAAGAAAUAAAAAGGGGCAACAAAAAAUAAACAUUUAAGUUGAUAAAACUAAGGCUAAAUAGUGAAAUUCCUCUAAAUAUAAAAACUUACCAUGUUGAGCAGCAGAAGAUGAGUGGCUAUGCAACAGCUCCAUCUGUCUCUGCUUCCCACCGCUCCCGAGGUUGUCACCAACGAAGGCCUCGUGGAGGAAGCAUGGGAGAUUGUCAACGACAUCUUUCUCGCCACAGAUGGUCCCAGGACACUUGGCAGCACCUGUUGGUUCCAGCUGAAGAAGGAAACUAUUUUGAGCAAUUCCAUUCAGACAAGAUCAUCACACGAAUGCUCUCCAGCUUGGCCGAUCCUUAUACUCGCUUUCUCUCCCCUCGUGAGUUCUCCAUGAUGGCAAGGUAUGACAUGACUGGUGUUGGGAUAAACCUUAAGGAAGUUCCUGAUGAAAAUGGAGACCUCAGACUGGAGGUACUGGGAAUUAUAUUGGAUGGUCCUGCUCAUUCUGCUGGUGUUAGACAGAUUUUAGUAAAUGACAAAACUGCUAGUGCAAGUAAAAUAGUUGCUUCUGCACUUCAUGAUAAUUGUAGAGCUGUUCUUGUUGGAAAACGCACAUAUGGCAAGGGUCUAAUCCAAUCUGUAUUUGACCUUGAUGAUGGAUCUGGUGUAGUUAGCACUGUUGGGAAGUAUGUAACACCAAAUCACAAGGAAAUAACGGCAAUGGAAUAGAGCCCGACUUUCAGCAUGGGAUGAUACCAGCCGACAUCUUAAAAAAUGCAGUAUGCCACAACAGGGAUAAAGCAGUUUCUUUGGUAUUCCAACACAAUCCUAUGCUUUGGAUUUAUAAUUUAAAUUGAAACUUUUGAAGAAUCUGCUUGCUGGAAGCUGCCAUGUAUAUCUCAAGAAUUUCAAGUUUAAUAUAGAUAUAUGCCUGAAUGGUCUGCCUAGCCUUCUUGGCUACAAUUACAUUUAAUUUAACAUACAUUGGCUUAACACCCAAGAUUGGCUUGGAACAUUUGUAACUGUUCCAUUCAAGAUGAAGUGUAUAGAUUUCGUUCCUA